AUGAUUCGCAGUCAUUGUUCAUGUUUAUCUCAGUCUUUACAUUAUCUAUCUGUCUAUCUAUCUAUCUAUCUAUCUAUCUAUCUCUCUCUCUCUCUCUCUCUCUCUCUAUAUAUAUAUAUAUAUAUAUAUAUAUAUAUAUAUAUCAGCCUGCUCCUUCCUAUCUAUCUAUCCAAUCUCAGCUAUCUAUCUAUCUAUCUAUCUCCUCUAUCUAUCUAUCUAUAUCUCUCUCUCUCUAUAUAUAUAUAUAUAUAUAUAUAUAUAUAUAUAUAUAUAUCAGCCUGCUCCUUUCCUAUCUAUCCAAUCUCUAUCUAUCUAUCUAUCUAUCUAUCUAUCUAUCUAUCUAUUUCAGUCUCUUCAUAUCUAUCUAUCUAUCUAUCAUUUUUGUCCGAAUGUAUAAUUUUCUUUUUCCUCGAUUUUCUUUUUCAUUUGUCCUUUCUUUCUUUUAUCUUCCUUUCUUUUUCUUUCUUUAUUUCUUUCUUUAUAUUUUCUUCUUUCUUUCUUUCUUUCUUUCUUUCUUUCUUUCUUUCUUUCUUUCUUCUUACUUUCCUUCUCUUUUGCCUUCUUUUUCUUCUACCUUCUCUCUCUUUCUUUUCUCCCCUUUCUUUCUUUCUUUCUUUCUUUCUUUCUUUCUUUCUUUCUUUCUUUCUUUCCAUCGUUCUCUUUCUUAACUCCUUCCUUCAUUCUGUUAUUUCCUUUUCCUUCCUUUUCCUUCCUUUCCUUCCUUUUCCUCCGCUGUGCCUGUAUAUAUGCAUACAGACUACGUAUUUCGUUUCCUUUCUUCCUUUCUGUCUUUAUUUGUCCCCCUCCUUUCUCGAUUUGUUAUUCUUUUCUUUCUAUCCCUGUUUUACUGGCCACAGUCCCGCUCUCCAAUGA